CUGGAGCACUGCCGGCACCGCCCGGGGAGCGCUCGGGGAUAUCCCGGGACAUUCCCGGGACACCGGGGGGACACCGGGGCAGCGCCAUGGGGCCGCGGGGCCGCCACCUCCCCUGGCUGCCGCUCCUAGCGCUGCUGGUGCUGCCGCCGCCCGUGCGCGCCGCCGCCGCCCGGCCCAACUUCGUGCUGGUGCUGGCGGACGAUCUGGGCUUCGGGGACCUGGGCAGCUACGGGCACCCCUCGUCCGCCACGCCGCACCUGGACCGGCUGGCGGCCCGCGGGCUGCGCUUCACCGACUUCUACAGCAGCGCCGCCGUCUGCAGCCCGGCCCGGUACGGCCCCGCGGCGGGGAGGGAGCGGGGUGAAAAUGAAAAAAUAUUAAAUGAACGAACAAAUCCAGAGGCGGAAUCCCAGCCGAGCCGAGCCCGCCGUGUUUCGCAGGGCCCCUGCCAGAACCUGACGUGCUUCCCCCCCGACACCAAGUGCUUCGGGACGUGUGACCAGGGCGUGGUGGCCGUGCCGCUGCUCUGGAACCAGAGCAUCGUGCAGCAGCCCGUGUCCUUCCCCGAGCUGGUGCCGCUCUACGGCCGCUUCUGCCGCGAGUUCAUCGCCCGCUGCGCCCGCCUGCGCCUGCCCUUCCUGCUCUACUACGCGUCCCACCACACGCACUACCCGCAGUUCGCCAGCCGGGAAUUCGCGGGCAGGACGCGCCGGGGACCCUUCGGGGACGCGCUGGCCGAGUUCGACGACUCGGUGGGACAGCUGCUGCAGGCGCUGCGCGACACCGGCCUGGACAACUCCACCCUGGUGUUCGUCACCUCGGACAACGGCCCGUCCACGCUGCGCAUGGCGCGCGGCGGCAGCGCCGGCCACCUCCGCUGUGGCAAGGGCACCACCUACGAGGGGGGCAUGAGGGAGCCCGCCCUGGCGUACUGGCCCGGCAGGAUCGCGCCAGGGGUGACGCACGAGCUGGCCAGCACGCUGGACAUCCUGCCCACGCUGGCCGCGCUGGCCGGCGCCGCCCCGCCCCGCGUGGCCCUGGACGGCUUCGACCUGAGCCCGCUGCUGCUGGGCACCGGCAAGAGCCCCCGCCGCUCCGUGUUCUUCUUCCCGCCCGCCCCCGACCCGCUGCGCGGCCCCUUCGCCGUCCGCCUGGGCAAGUACAAGGCGCACUACUUCACCCAAGGUUCCUUCCACAGCGACACGACCCCGGACCAGGCGUGCCACGGGCUGACCCCGCUGACGCCGCACCUGCCCCCGCUGCUCUUCGACCUGGAGGCGGAUCCCGCGGAGAACUACGACCUGCUGCGGGGCCAGCCGGGCCCCGAGGCGCUGCAGGCGCUCAAGGACAUCGCCGUGCUCAAGGACGUGCUCCAGCAGCGCCUGCACUUCGGCGACAGCCAGAUGAGCAAGGGCCGGGACCCCUCGCUGCAGCCCUGCUGCUCCCCCGGCUGCAGCCCCAAGCCGUCCUGCUGCCGCUGCGCCCCGCAGUGACGCCCCGAAGCUGCCCCGGCCCCCCGGAACCCAGCUCGGCCUCGGGGCUGCCCCGCGGCUCGGGGAGCCCUUGGACUCGCAGGGAGAUGGGGAGGAACGGGGGCACGGUGACCCCAAACGAGCAGGGCCCCGUGCUCCGUGUGGGAUGUUCCAGGGGAGGACUUGGAUAGGAUCCUGAUCCGUUCCAGGGUCCUGACCCG